CGACGCCGCUGCGCCCCGAGCCCCGGCGGCCCGCAAUGAAGGCGGCCAAGGGCGCGGGCGAGGAGGCGCCGCCGGGCGCGCGGUCCGCCAAGGUGGUCCUGGUGGGCGACGGCGGCUGCGGGAAGACGUCGCUGCUGAUGGUCUUUGCCGACGGCGCCUUCCCCGAGAGCUACACGCCCACAGUGUUCGAGCGGUACAGCGUCAACCUGCAAAUGAAAGGCAAACCGGUGCACCUCCAAAUCUGGGACACCGCAGGGCAAGACGACUAUGACCGCCUGCGGCCCCUGUUCUACCCUGAUGCCAACGUCUUCCUCCUAUGCUUCGACGUCACCAGCCCAAACAGCUUUGACAACAUCUUUAACCGGUGGUACCCGGAGGUGAAUCACUUCUGCAAGAGGGUGCCCUUUAUCGUGGUGGGCUGCAAGACAGACCUGCGCAAGGACAGGUCGCUGGUGAAGAAGCUGCGGAAAAAUAGGUUGGAGCCAGUGACCUACUACCGGGGCCAGGAGAUGGCACGGUCGGUGGGCGCAGUGGCCUACCUGGAGUGCUCAGCCCGGCUCCACGACAACGUCCAUGCAGUCUUCCAGGAGGCGGCCAAGGUGGCCCUCAGCAGCCGCAGGCGCAACUUCUGGCGGCGGAUGACGCAGAGCCUUUGCGUGGUGACCUGACUGGCCUGGGGUCCCCUGCCCCCAACUGCGCCAUCUACCUCCAAGCACCAAGCACCGUGGGAGAGAGCGGGGCACUGACCUGCCAAGUCGGCUGGACUGUCCCUCAAACAGACGGGACCCACCGGGGCCGGCCCGGAGCCUGGGAUCCCAGGACUGGAGGGAAACCCCUCCGACGCUUGAGGAAGGAGGUUCCCGGGCCCCCCUGUCUGGAGUGCUAGUUCUGGAGUCUCCUGGGAAUCACUGAUACUCUCCCCGCCCCCAGCUCCCCACCCUGGGUGGCAGGUCCUGGAGCAGCCUGGGCAGCCUGGUGCCACCUGGCGGCGGUUCCCAGGCCUGCACCUCCCCGGACCUCUUGCCAGAACCCUCUCCCUGCCCCAGUAUAACUGUAACAACUAAACCCACGUCACUUGUCA